AUGGUAUUGCUGAAGUCGCCAGAUGGUGGAUGGGGCUGGGUGAUUGUCCUUGUUUCCUUCUUUACUCAGUUCUUCUGUUAUGGGUCUCCGUUAGCAGUUGGAGUCUUGUAUCUAGAAUGGCUGGAUACUUUUGGAGAAGGGAAAGGAAAGACUGCUUGGAUUGGAUCCCUUGCAAGUGGAGUUGGAUUGCUUGCCAGUCCUGUCUGUAGUGCAUGUGUGUCUUCUUUUGGAGCAAGACCUGUGACAAUCUUCAGUGGCUUUAUGGUGGCUGGGGGCCUGAUGAUGAGCAGUUUUGCACCGAAUAUAUAUUUUCUGUUUUUUUCAUAUGGAAUUAUUGUUGGGCUUGGCUGUGGCUUAUUAUAUACAGCAACAGUAACCAUCACCUGUCAGUAUUUUGAUAAACGCAGAGGCCUUGCACUUGGUUUGAUUUCAACAGGUUCAAGUGUUGGACUUUUUAUAUACGCAGCAUUACAAAGAGAACUCAUUGAGCUAUAUGGACUAGAUGGAUGUUUGCUAAUAGUUGGUGCAUUAUCUCUAAAUAUACUAGCAUGUGGCAGUCUAAUGAGACCUUUGGAGUUAUCUGAUUCCCCUUUGCCAGAAAAAUCAUGCCUAGAAAAAGUUCCAGAUCAAUACUUGAUUUACUACGAGAAAGAAAAUGUUGAAGAAAAUACAAGCAUCCUAGAAAAGGGCUACAAUGAAGAAAAAAGUGUGAAUAAUAUGUCCAGUCGUGAUUGCAAACAGGACAGCAUUUUAAAUAAGAAUGGAUUAAUAUCAAUACAUGCAAAAGAGACAGACACUUAUAAACAGAAAGUUGUAGAACAAACAUACUUUUGCAAACAGCUUGCCAAGAAGAAAUGGCAACUGUAUUUAAACUACUGGGAAGAAACGUUGUUUCUGUUUAAAAACAAAGUAUUCUCAUCACUUUUUAUUGCCAUCUUACUUUUUGACAUUGGUGGAUUUCCUCCUUCACUGCUUAUGGAAGAUGUAGCAAGAAGUUCAAACAUUAGUGAAGAAGAAUAUGUUAUGCCUCUUAUCUCCAUUAUAGGGAUUAUGACUGCAGUUGGUAAACUUGUUUUAGGAGUACUGGCAGAUUUUAAAUGGAUUAAUACUUUAUACCUAUAUGUAAUUACCUUAAUAAUGACUGGCGUGGCCUUGGUUGCAAUUCCAUUUGCCAAAAGUUACAUUAUGUUGGCAGUACUUUCUGGAAUUUUAGGUUUUCUCACUGGGAAUUGGUCAAUUUUUCCAUAUGUAACCACAAAGACUGUGGGAAUUGAGAAACUGGCACAUGCAUAUGGGAUAUUAAUGUUCUUUGCUGGACUUGGAAAUAGCCUUGGACCACCAAUUGUUGGUUGGUUUUAUGACUGGACACAGACAUAUGACAUUGCAUUCUGCUUUAGUGGACUUUGUGUUCUGCUGGGUGGACUUCUUCUGUUGGUGGCAGCUCUGCCAUGCUGGGACAACUGUAAUAAUCAGAGUGCAAAGCCACCUCCAAAUACUUACUCCUACACGGUUGCAUCUAGUGUUUAA